AUGGCACGGGCUUCAGAGACGGCACCGGCAUCCGAGCCAGGCGAGCUCCUGGAGGCGGUGCUCCAAGAGCGCCGGGACCUACGGGAGCAGCUGGAAGCCAAGCGCGCGGAGCUGGUGGCGGCGGUGAAGGCGCAGCAGCAGCUGGACAAGUCCUGCGCCGAGGUGGUAGAGGAGCGCCAAGCCAUCUUCGGGGAGGUGCGGAUGCUGCAGCACCAAAACUCUGAGCAGGAAGCGGCGGUCAGGGAGGAGCGCAGGCUGCGGGAGGAGGACCGCAGGUCGCUGGAAAACGCGCAGCUCCAGCUCCGCGAGGCGGAGCAGCGGCAGCGAGCCGCCGAGCGGCGCCUGGGCGAGCAGACGGAGGCGCUCCAGGCCGCCGAGGACAAGUCCCGGCAGCUGGAGCUGCGCAUGCAGGCCGCGGAGCGCGCAGCGAAGGCGUGCAACGAGCGCGCCACAGAGGCGGAGCAGCAGUGCCGGGUCAAGGCAGAGAAGGAGGCGACCGAGUGCAAGCUGAAGUACGCGGAGCUGGGGGCGGCGCGGCAGAAGGAGAUGCAGGCGGCGCUGCUGGAGCUGCAGGCCCUGGCACGGGGCCAGGAGCUGUUGCGCGCGGAGCUGAGCCGGGCCCUGCGCCCGCUGCCGCGGGCGCCGCUGGGCAGCUACCUGGCGCCGCCGCUCCGAUCCUUGCCAGCGGCGCCGGUCUUUAGAAGUCCGCUGCGCCAAGCGGCGUCCGAGCCGAUGACCGGCUUGCGCGACUUGCCGUCCCCGUGUGUGGCCCGGGUGGUGAACACGUCUGAGCCCAUGCAUCGCGACUUGCCGGGCUCCACAGGGUAUGGGCGAAUGUACGAACUUCAGAGCCACCAGUGUGACGGAGCCCUUUGUGUCGAGGUCACCAUCCAGGGCCUCGUCACCGUAGCCUCAUCCUCGUUUCACCGAAUUGAAGGCCACUUCUGGCCCCAGCGGCAUCCGCAGCCUGGGGGAAUAGGCUGGAUGUCCGACCUGGAGGAGGAGGUGGCGCGGCCGCCACCGCGCAGUGAGCCAGGUCCCAGUGGGAGUGGGAGCCAGAGGCGUGCGCGGACGGCCCAGGACCUCCGAGUCCCAGCGCCGCGGCCUGCCCCGCAGCCUGCGCGGGAGCAGCCGACGCAGCCGACGCCUUCGGCGGCCGAGCUGGAGGCGCUGAUCAACCAGACCCUGCGGGAGAUUCAGGACUUGGAGACCAAGGAGCAGUUGUGCUCGAAGGCUGAGCCUAGCGACCACCAUGCUGAGGACCUGCCAACGACUCUGACGCCAGUGGAGCUGCCCGAGCCGCCGCUGAUCCCACGCGCGAAGCGCUGCACAGGACGGAGCACUCGAGACUCCGAUGCCAUCCAGGCCUGCCGCGAGUACUUGGCCCAGGCGUGCCGGCCGCAGCUGAAGCCGAGGACGCCGUACUCCUUGCCGUUCAGCAUCGAUGACAAGGAGCUCCGACGGCCCUGGGAGAGCUCCACAGAGACCUUGUCCUUCAACCCGCUGGAGUCGCGAGUGAAACGUGCGCACCUGUGGGCAUAG